AUGAGGCGAAACAGGACACUGAGGACAUCGAAAAAAGAAUUUAUCAGUAAAGAAAUGCUUGAAACAGUCUUAAGCCUUUUUAAACUUGGUCAUAGUACGAAAACUAUCGCUUCCGUGACACACAUAAAAGAGCGUAAGGUCAAAGAAAAAACAAAUGAAUAUUGGAAAGGUAUAGUUAAUGUAUUUUCGUUAGAAGAAGACUUAAUAAUCCUAAAUAAAUUGAAAGAAGGAAUUCAUCAACCAAAGGCACUUAAGGCUGUGUUACCUAAGAAAAGUUGGUGGAUGAUUAGAAAUAGAUUACAACAGAUCCUCGCUAAAUUCCCUGAUAUUGAGACUACUACAGAAACAGAUAUUCGGACAACUUUUCAUCCUAAUGAAGUCGAUUCCUCAACUGCUGAAGGAAGUAUCUUUGAUGUAGAAUUAGGUCUAGACCUUGAAGAUUUAUUUGAUGGCUUCGAAUCUAUGCAAAAUCCAGACUUUGAAAAUUUUGAUUCACCUUUUUAA